UGUUUGAGAAAAAUGGAACCUUUCUUGAUUCUAAGUGCUACUAGUUAGGCUUAUAGUGCAAAGUUUUUUUUGUUUUUUUUUUAAACAUGGGAUCUAUUGGAAAUACUAAUCCAUGGGCACCUUAUGAUAGUUAUAAAGAUUGUUCACAAGGGAUUUGUAGUGUUUAUUGUCCACAAUGGUGUUACUUUCUUUUACCUCCUCCUCCUCCUGAUGAUGAAGAUGCAUCAGAUGAUUCAGCCACAGCUUUCUCCCCUCUCAUCAUAGCGAUCAUCGGUAUCUUGGCAAGUGCUUUUCUUCUUGUUAGUUACUAUACCAUCAUUACUAAGUAUUGUAGGAGGAGGAGGAGCAGAAAUGGUGCAACAGAGUUGGAAGCUAAUCAAAACGAGACGCCUCAAGAUCAGUGGCAACUUGCUACUGUUGCUGGAUUGGAUGAGUCUACCAUCAAGGCUAUCACAGUGUGUAAGUUCAAGAAAGGUGAAGGAUUGGUUGAAGACACUGAAUGUGCUGUUUGUUUGAGUGAGUUUCAAGAAGAUGAGAAUCUUAGGCUUUUGCCUAAAUGUAGCCAUGCUUUUCAUCUCCCCUGUAUUGACACUUGGUUGAAAUCUCAUCCAAAUUGCCCUCUUUGUAGAGCUAAUGUAGUAUCUCCUCCUGCUCCUAGUACUACUAGUAGUCGUCCGUCAUUGCCUCCUCCUAUUCCUUCUCCAAUGACCAUAAAUGCUCUUCAAUUUCAAAGACAAAAUGACUUGAUAUUGGUGGUGGAUCAUAAUCAUGAUCAUGAUCACGAAGGAGUACUACAUCGCGAUGAGGUUGUAGUUACCAUUGUUUGUGAUGAUGAUGUUUCAACAAAGAACAAUUCAGGGGAGAAUUCUGAAUUCAGUGGAAAUAACAGAGUUGGAAAUGAAUUCAGAAGAUCAACCUCUUUAAGUGCAUUUUCAGGACAACAUCUUUUUGUGUGCAAUCCUGUUUCAAUGAACAGAUCUGUCUCCACAGGAAGAUUCAUAUUUUCUUGAAACAUAUUUUAAGUCUUGGCUGAAACUCUGUAAAUUCUUGAAGUAUACCAACAC